AUGGCCGCCCUGCCGGAGAGCCUCUUUGAAGCCUUCUCCUCCAUCAGCGAGCUGCACAUAUCGAGCAACUUCAGCCAGAUCGGCAACGACCUCACCUUUGCCGGCCUCGAGGAGAGCCUCCGCAGUCUGAGCUUCGUCAACUCGCAGAUCACCACCAUUCCAAAGAGUGCCCUGAGCAAGCUUCGCCAGCUGCAGUCGCUGGACAUUCAGGCGAAUCGCAUCGCCACCCUUGACUCAUACGCCUUCUACGGACUACCCCUGAGGACGCUCAACCUGCAGAACAACAUCAUCGAGAGUCUGCACGAGUUUGCCUUCGGCGGCCUGGAGAACACCCUCGAGGAGCUCAGUCUAAUCGGCAAUCGUCUGUCGAACUUUCCGCUCUUUGCCCUGCGCCGUCUGCGUAAGCUGCUGUCUCUGAAGUUGCAGAGUAACCUGAUCACCCAAAUACCGGAUGACGGCUUCACGCGCUUCACGCUGCUGGAGACGCUCGAUCUGCAGUCGAAUGCCAUUCGUCACCUCAGCUCGCGCAGCUUCAUCACCAUGCCCAAGCUGAAGACGCUGUACGCGUCGAACAACCUGCUGACGGUGGUCAGCGACAGCUCCAUCUUUGCGCAGCUGCACUACCUCGAGACGCUGGACCUCAGUCUGAAUCGCCUUCGAGUGGUCAACCUGGACGGCCUGGAGAGUGUUCGCACACUCGACCUCAGCUACAAUCACCUGCACGAUCUGCGUCUGCAGGGCAUGCUAGGGCUGC